AUGACCGCCGAAAGUGCCUCUGCAUCGCCCAUCCCCAUCGAGCAGCUCACAAAGAUCACCACCGAGGCCUGCAACGAUGCCUUGAAGGACAGCAAAGGCUAUGACCACGAGAGCGUCGGCGCCUGGAACUCCAAUAUCAUCAAUACCAUCCUCAAGGCCCUGAUUACCGCUACCGCACCUACCGAAGCCUCCAAGCCCCCUCCCUACCGUUUCACGGUCAACAGCACGAUCGUGCAGCAGGGCGUUAUUGACGAGUCUGUUGCCGCGGGCGGUGCACUUAGCAAUGCCGGCAAGCGCGGUAUGCACUCUGCCUCCGGGGCUUUUUGGGAUGUUAACCGGGAUGGCAUGUGGACUUAUAAGUACACUGGGGCUGAGGAGCGGGGAUUGGAUGUUGUUGUUUGCGUCACGUGGUUUGCUGUUGUAUAA